GUAGGCGGGCCGAAGCAGAGUUCUUCCGGGCUGAUACGGAAGGACUCCUCCUGCGCCGGCGCAGAUCACGCUAUGGCCCCUCCCUUCGCAGGAACGCUUCCUCCUCUCUAGCCCCGGAGUCUCCGGGCGCAAUUGGGGGAGGAGUUUUGGCGAUGCUGAGAUUAGAGCUCCUUUUUUUCCCCCUCAGAGCGGGGAGUGGUUUGAGCUUUUUUGCUUGAGGAGGCGGGGUGCAGGGCCCGCGGUCGGGAUGGCGGCUACCUUCUUCGGAGAGGUAGUGAAGGUGCGCUCCAGAGCAGUGACUGAGGAGGAAGAGGAGGAGGAGGAGGAGCCCUGGGCGCGGGAUAACCUCGAGGACAAAGAAGUGCGGCAAGAGCUCGAGAAGAAGAGAGAAGUAGAAGUCCUUCAAACACAGACAAAAGUAUCUUUGGAAAUUCCCUUGCUAGAACAGUAUCCAUGUUCGAAGUUUAUAAUAGCCAUAGGACAUAAUGCAGUAGCAUUUUUGUCUUCAUUUGUUAUGAAUUCAGGAACCUGGGAAGAAAUUGGAUGCACUAAACUAUGGAAUGAAUGGUGCAGAACAAGAGAUACAGCAAAUCUUUCCCCAACAGAUGCUUUUUGUGUGUUCUAUCGUCUAAAGUCAGAUCCUACAAUUUUCCUGUGUCAGUGCAGUUGCUAUGUUGCUGAAGAUCAACAAUAUCAGUGGCUUGAAAAGGUUUUUGGUUCUUCCCCGAAUAGAAAUUUACAGAUAACUAUUCUUACAUCUCGUCAUGUGACUGACUAUAAAACUCCAGAAUCCAGUUGCAAUCUGCCUUCUCCCUUCCUGAAAGCCCUUAAAACACAGACUUUCCAAGAUGCUGCCUGCUGUACACUCUUAGAACAGCCAAAUAUUGUACAUGAUCUUCCUGCUGCAGUUCUGAGUUACUGUCAAGUAUGGAGAAUUCCAGCAAUUCUCUACCUGUGUUACACUGAUGUAAUGAAACUAGACCUAGUUACGGUUGAAGCUUUCAAACCAAUCCUUGGUUCAGAAAGCUUGAAAGGAUUAGUUAAGAAUGUUUCCCAUGGUACAGAAAUACUGAAGAAACUAGUGACAAGAAAUGAAAUUCAGAGCAACAUUUAUACAUGAUUUUGAAUUGAUUUUCGUCUGGGGGAAGGAGGACAGAAGGAGAAAUGUUCUGUAGUUCUAACUAAUUUACCACUGGGAAGAAAGCAAAAUAAAGAGUUUAUUUUAAAAUAA